AUGAUAAAUGAAAAUAAUUCUGGAAAGAAGCUUAGGGGGAAAUUAAAGAUUUUACUGGAGAGAUUAUUUUCAAAUGAUGGGAUUUCUCAUAUAUAUUUAUUGUUGGUAAUCAUUUUGUUGGUUAAUUUGGGCAUAGGAUUAUUUUUUUGUGGCCGUAAUUUGAAUAAAGAAAGUGAGUUAGUUUCUAGCUCCAUAUUUGACAUAAAUAUUAAUUUUCCCAAGGGUGAGAAGGAUAAGAAUACCAAUAACUCAAUUUACCUCCCAAGAGAUGAGAUUUCUAGCCAAAACAAGUCUCAAAGUUCUAAAAGUACAACUACUACAACUACUAAAACCACUACUACUACCGAAAGACCUUCUGCUAUUACGACAGCUUCUACUACUAAGACUGAAACAGAAAUCUACACUGUUCAGAGUCCGACAAAUAAUUCGGUUCCAACUUGUCUUUAUUCAAGCAAGUUUCCCACAAAAUAUGAUUUAAAUGGGUUGUUAUUUUGGAAUGUUUCCUCUGACACAUAUAUAUACUGGGGUUACCAUAACAAGACAGGAUCUGUGUAUAUUUUGGGAAACAAUAGGCAAAUAGAUAAUACAAUACAAUUUUCGGAUGAGAGUUCAACUACAAAAGACAAAUUUGAUUAUGAUCAACCAAAGUUAAUUGAGUUUAAGGAAUCUAAGAUUGGCUCAGAGGCAAAAAUUGGUCAGAUUAAUACUUCCAACGUAAUUGCAAUUGGCAAAAAAACUUUACCUUCAUAUUGGUAUAUGAAUUGGGUAGAACAAAGCUCAUCGAAAUCGAAAGAAACAUUCAAACCACUUUUUCAACCUUGUCUUGGAAGCUUGUAUACUUACAGCAACAACAAUUUGCAAGGGUUUUUUCAGGAUCAAGGUGUGGUUUACAUGUGCGGUUUUAGUAGCUAUACAUUGGAAAAAGAUUUAAUAGAGUUAACAAACAUUCCUUUUGUCAGAAUUAGCACAAGUAUUCAAGACGAUAACAAGUAUUUGAGUUUUGUUAAAAGUAGAUCUAAAAAUAGAAUCUACAGAUUAACGAUCAUAAAAUGUCAGGAAAAACAAGGAAAUUAUAAUCAAGUGUUAACUUAUUCAUUAAACCUUAGCAGAUCUGUGAGGGAAGAGGAUUGUGAUGCAAACAGCGGAUCUUGGCUGAUGUAUAAAUCUGGGGGAUCUUUAUUUACAAUUAAUAAUGGGGUAGGAGACUGGCAAAUACGUACAGAAACUGGCAGAUUUGAGUAUUUAAAGGAGACAGGCGAAUUAAAAAGAGAACCAUGUUUUCCAAAUUGGUGGAGUACUUAUGGAGGUGUAACAUCAAAACAGUACGUGCCAUCAACAUAG